AUGAAAAGGCUACUAGCCCUUACUCUGGGGCCUCUGUGGACGGUGGGCAUCAGCGCUCUUCAAGAAAACAACAGCGGGCUGGGAAGUACGAGCAGCAGUGGCAGCGGCGAUGCAACAGCCGAUGGUGAUACCGUUGGCGGUAGCGCUACAUCGAUUUAUCUGCCGACCGAAGUUCUGCAGAACCAGCUCCUGAACGCGACCGGUAUGGAGCCAGACUCUCUCGUAGAGGUGGCGUCCAGCUACAGUGUGCUGCAAGACGGAUCUCCAGGAUUGGCGGACGUCGCGGCUCCCAACACCAACAUCUUCACAUCCGUCCUCAUCGUUCCAGCAAUCGCCAGCAACAACACGGAAGCUGACAUCACGUCCAUCUUAGAGCAACCGCAGACCAACUCGACGGACGACCUAUCUGGUCGCACGCAGCUCAUGUACAACUGCACCUCGGCAGCCAACCUCUGGAACCUACUGGAAGACCCAAAUGUUGUGAUGCUGGAGGAUAUCGAACUAUUUGGAAACGACACAAAUGAGGACGACUCGGGUUCUGACGGGAUGUUAUGGGCAGAUGUAGGAGCCAACACGUCUGCUGCUGGCAACACGACGGAGAUCCCCCGCGAGAUUGUCGUGGUGGCUUUGAUAAAGUGGCGAAUUGCUCGAAUAUCCUGA